AUGGACCAGGCAGAGGUGCAACGAGCUCAGCUCGUCGGACCAUUGGCUCCUCUGAGCGAGCUUGAGGCAGAAUAUGCCGAAAAUCCGGCGUUUCUCGCAAAGGUGAAGAGCUUGGAAGAAAGGUUCUCCAGCUUUCGCAGAACUUCCCCUGACGGCAAUUGCUUCUACCGAGCCUAUCUGUUUGGUAUCUUCGAGCAGUUGGUUGGAAACAAGGAGCGCCAUGCCGCUUUCGCCAGCCACCUGAAGGGGGCAUUAGAUUUCUGCAUUGGAGCAGGUUAUGAGAAGGUUGCCAUCGAAGACUUCUAUGAGGAGUUCAUGGCAAGCAUCGAGCGACUUGGCGAUGGCUCUACUGCAGAGGUUCGAAUAGCUGCUGAUCCACAGCAUCUUCGGCAGGUUGCAGAGAUGAUUCGGUAUCAACUGGAGUUGAAGCCGCAGUACUUGUCGGCAUUUGCGGAUUACAAAAACGACUACGCAGGCAGACGUGACAUGAAUUAUCGUGACCGCUGCGUUGUUUCGCACUUGUACGAGACGCAUGCCGACAAGGAGAAGGAAGGAGACUACCCGCAAAAAGAUGCAAUCUUCCGCACGGUGGACCGGCUCCGUCUCAUCGAUCACAUCGUGCGCAGCGGUGAUCGAAGCUGUGCUGGCAUUGACGUUGGGCAGCUGUUGCACGAUGGCGACCUGAUCCAUUACUUCCCUCUGCACGAGCAAGGAAAGCUGCAGGACAUGGACAAAGAUUGGUUCAAGACCUUCGUCAUCGGACGCAACAUCUACAAGGUCAGAGACUAUUUCGGUGAGCGCAUCGCGCUGUACUUCCUUUUCAUGUCUCACUUCAUCAAAUGGAUGGUGAUACCGACUUUAGUCGGCUGCUUCUGCUGUGUGCUCGACCUGUUCAUGGGGACGCCCAACAACUGGACGGCGAUGUUCCUUUGCAUCGGCGUCGGACUCUUCUCAACGACCUUCACACACUUCUGGCGAAGAAAGUCCAAUCUCUAUGCUCUGAAGUGGGGGACGUUUUCCAUGAAAAAGAAGCCUGAACCAACCAGACCAGAGUUCUAUGGCGUCAGCCGUAUCAACCCCAUCACCAGCAGGGUUGACAGGUUCUACCCUUGGAGCGAACGGAUAUGGAAAGUCCUUUUCAGCUAUUCUGUCAUUACGGUGUCCCUCAUCGCCCUCUUUUUCGUGGUCGGCAUUCUCAUGGUGCUCCGCCACAUUUUCCACAAGAAUAAUGGACGAAUCACUUUCCAGGUCAUCAACGCACUGAUCGUGGAGUUGUUGAAUACCCUCUUCACAAGCCUUGCAAACUGGCUCACGGACAGGGAGAAUCAUCGCUCCUACUCAGAACAUGCGAACCACCUGUUGGCCAAGAUGGUGGUUUUCAAGUUCAUCAACUGCUACGUGUCGCUGUACUAUAUUGCCUUCUUGAAGGAACAUUCGUAUCUUUUUGGGAUGCCAAUGACGUGUGUCAACGACGAUUGUCUCAAUGACUUGGGCUCACAGCUUGCAAUUUUCAUGAUCAUGAGGCUGACCGUGCAAAACAUGAUCGAACUUGGCGCUCCGUAUGCAGUCAUGUACUACAGGGAGUACACAGAAGGAAACACCUUCAAGACCUCCCUCUUCACGAAUCCGAUGACAAUCAUGCCAGAUCUAUCCAGUCCAGAAAAACAGAGCAAAAAGGAGGAUUACGAUGUGUACCAGGACAUGGAUGAGGUGUUGAUCCUCUACGGCUACACCGUGCUCUUUGUCGUCGCUUGUCCGUGGAUUCCCCUGAUCACAAUGAUCAGCCUUGUUCUGGAGUUCGAUGCCCAGCUUUUCUCGGCUUAG